UUACUAGCUUGCCUCCCUCAUAGGUAAGCUAAUGCGGGCUAGCUAACCCAUGGAAGAAGAAGGAGCACUACCGAGGGGUUCUCUGAUAAAACGGGUCUGGUUGGGAGUUCUGAGGCGUGAUAUAGUAAGAUAACGCUAGAUACCGGAAGCCUGGGGAACGUCUUCCUGGCGGAAAACAAAAAACAAAACACCAUAGAGAGCGCUAAAUCACGGGACAGCCACAAUUACAGGUCCAACAUGGACCUGACAGAUGCAGAGCGUCCGGUAAUUACUCUCAGCCGUCGAGUUUAGCUCUCCCCGACCGCAGCUGAACCUAAACGGCGGCACGUCGGGGCGCGCUGGAGCCACGCGAAUCUUUGUUCGCGUUUUUUCAUGGGACACAGCCGUGCUUCCCCCCGCUUUUUCGUUGUUUUACCGCGGUGACAGCACCCCCCUCGGCUGGUGUCGACUGGCCACCGAGGCGAACGCAUCUUAUGGACUCCUAACAGUAGUUUUUUGGCUUUUCUGACGGUCGGUCCCCCUCUAACGGACGCGGCAGUCAUGUUUGCCGUGCGAAUCGUCACCGCAGACUUCUAUUUGCAAAGUCCCAUUAAAGACCUGGACGUCUGCUAUUCUGAAUUCAGGGAGAGCGAGGUGAAGAAAGUGCCGGUGGUUCGGAUCUUUGGAGCAACACCUGCAGGCCAGAAGACAUGCCUCCACCUCCAUGGCGUGUUCCCCUACAUCUACGUACCAUACGAUGGCAACGGCCAACAGCCGGAGCGCUACCUGCGGCAGGUGGCCUUCAGUACCGACAGGGCCCUCAACGUUGCCAUGGGAAACCCCGCCUCCAGCGUCCAGCAUGUCUUCAAGGUGGUGCUGGUCUCUGGCAUGCCGUUCUAUGGCUACCACGCUAAGGAGAAGCACUUUAUGAAGAUCUACCUGUACAAUCCUCAGAUGGUCAAAAGGGUCUGUGAGCUGUUACAAAGCGGAGCAGUGAUGAACAAAAGUUACCAGCCCCACGAGGGCCACAUCCCCUACCUGCUGCAGCUCUUCAUAGACUACAAUCUGUACGGCAUGAACCUGCUGAACUUGGGGGCUGUCAAGUUCCGCAGGGGCCAGCACAAAGAAGACGCAGCAGCGGUUCCACACCGGCAAACACCCAGCAGUCGUCCCAGCGUCAGCCCCUGGAAGAGCCCCGGCACCUCCAAGCUUGACGACAGCACCCUGGGGGGCACGUUUGUCCGCUGGGAGGAGGAGACCAUACCGUGCUCCCUGGUCCUGGAUGCGGUAGAGAAGCAGAGCACCUGUGAGCUGGAGGUCGAUGCCGUGGCUGUCGACGUCCUCAACCGCCUGGAAAUCGAAAAUCAGAUCGGCAGAAACCCGGGCCUGCAGGCCAUCUGGGAGGACGAGAAGCAGAGGAGGAGAGAGAAGAACCAGACCUCCCAGGUAGAAACCCCCGAGUCACAAGAUCGGGGGUUUGUCACUUCAACGGAAAGCGAGAAAAUCUUCAUGAAGAGAUUCAAGGAGAUUCUGAAGGAGAACGAGUUUGACGUGACACAAGGUUCGUGUGUUGGCGAGAAGGAGGACCAAGAGGAUCUUCUCGCUGAUAUGACGCUCCAUUCUGACCCCCCGACCCCCGAGGGACUGCCGUGUACACCCGCUAAUGCUGUGGAGGUGCACAGGCACUCGCAGCCAGACUCGGUGAGGAGCAGUGUUAAAAUCCCAGAGGAGGCUGUCGUUGAUGAGGAGGCCAUCCUGAGUCUUCUGGAAAACAGUCAGACCUUCCUCCCGCUCUCCCAGACAUCCAACCACUCGCCCCUGUUAGACAGCAGCCAAGACCAAGCCCUCAAUGAUUUGCUGGCAGGACUGGAGAGCGAUGGUUUCUACAGGACCCCUGUCAGACAGAACUCCCAGUCACUUCCUGGUGCCGGGAGCUACCACUGCAACAGUGAUGAGGAGGAGGCCGGGCCCGAGCUGGACAAGGUAGAGGCCGAGCUCAGCGUGCUAAUGUCACAGCGGUGGGACAACCAGCCUCCUGAGAACUCGCCCUCACCAAGGCCUGGUUUGAAGGAGCCUGAAGACUGCUCAAGUGACGAGCAGCAGGAGUCCUCUGAAGAAGACAUGGAGUGGUGUGGGAAUAACUCUCUGUUCGCCAACCUGUCCAUCCCCCAGCUCGAUGGAGCCGCAGACGAGAGCAGCGAUUCCUCCUUAACGGACAGUGGCUCCAGGACCCAGUCUUCUCUCAUAGCCACAGAAAAGAUGCUCGGGAAAAACAACCCCUUCUCCAUGGAGACGGUUCACUUGGAGCCACCUUUGCCAGCGAAGCUCCUUCUUGAGUGCAAACACCUUGAGCACAGACCAGUUAAUGUGCUUGACACAGAGAAACCACUUGACAUGCACUUUCAAUCAAAAAGCAGCCAGGACAGUUCAACAGGGUUCAAGUUUAAUAAAGAAAUCCCCUACAUCCUGCCAGUCAAACAUCCCAUCCCCUGCAAGUUACCUAGUCACCCUGAGGUGUCUCCUGUCAACGUAGACAAACAAGACAUACGGCCCAUGUACACCUAUGACAAGAAAGCCUCCAUAACUUUGGAUAAGACAGAUCUAGAAAGUUUUCCAUUUGGUAACGGAAAGGUAACCAAAAACGGGAAGUACAGCAGCAUAAAGAAUGUGGAAACAAACUGUCUGUCCAUCCUUCAGAAUCACAGGGCCUUCUCUCUCUGUUACUCAGAGCUGAGAAACUGUACAACUAAGACAGAGCUGGAGCUGAGCCAUAAGGACAGUAAAAACCCUAUCCUGAGGAACAUCUCAGUCCCGUCACCCAUGGUAGAGAAUGAGUUUCUUGAUCCUCAGCAGGAAGAAAUGGGCCAGGACAGUGAGGAGGGAGAUGUUGGUGAACUUAAAAUCAGAUACGAGGACUAUCAGGAAAAUAAGACCGAGAGGACAAUAGUGGCCCAGCAGGAAGCACAUUAUAAGUUCUUCCCUAGUGUCAUCCUUUCCAACUGCUUGAGUAGGAAGAAAGCUGGGAGCAAAAAGCUGGCUGAUCCCUGCAGCACACUUGAACAGGCCCAGCCUCGUAGAUCUAGGCUAAAAGUUUGUAAAAAGAGGUUGGGAAUGGCAGGGCAGAGAAACAAAUUAAACACAGUUGAAAGCUCCGCCUCUGACAGCCAGGUUUGCACCGGCCUCACCUCAACCACACCUGCUUGUCCAGUGACAUCAGACACCGAGAUGCCAGCUUUGGAGGAUAAGUCAAUAGAAGAGUCUGCGCCAAUUCAAGAUGGGCCAUUAAUGGAGGGAAAGCCAAUCACGGAGACGGAGCCUGAAAGUGAGGAGAGGUCUGUAAAUGAACAGACCGAACCACUUUCAGAGCCCCCGGCCACUACCGUUGCCAGUUUUUCUGAAGGACCUAAAGUCUCUGCAGAGCAAAGGUUAGGUCCAUUACACGAUAUAUCAGCUAAGGUCACCUGUACUAAACCUUCAGCACUGCCUGGUAGUAAAUACACCCUGAGGACCAAACGGAAGAUGAUCUAUGACAGCGAGGAUGGGGAAUACUUAAAUGUCACUCAUUCUAAGACGACAGCCUCCGUCAAAGAGCGAUUAAAGGACCCCACUGUCCCCAGUGGGCAGGAAGCAAAACACCAGAAACGUCGGAAGAAGGAACCCCCUAUCAUUAUUAAGUACAUUAUUAUUAACAGGUUUAAAGGACAGAAAAACAUGCUGGUGAAGAUGUCCAAAGUGAAUUCAGAGGAGAAGUUGGUGUUGCUGACGCCAGACAAGCUACAGCAGUACAAUCAACUAGCCCCUCUUAAGGAUUUCUGGCCCAAGUUGCCAGAAUCCAGUGCCGUCAAGUUUCCCAUAACUGAGCCAAAGGCCAAAAAACAGCCCAAAAGAAAGGUAAAGGUCAGCCCCACAAAUAAGAAAACAGUCGGCAACUCCGCAAAACCUCGGGUAAGACAGGUUGAUAGGGUCAGAAGGACUAAAGGCUGUCAGAGAGGCCCAAUUCUACCCUCCUUACCUCCCCCUCGGCCAUGUUACUGUGAGCUUACUAAUGACCAUGACGUUGAGUAUACUGAUGUCAUGGAAGAGUUGGGCUACCUCUCUGAUAGAUCCCCGAGCCCCACACACUCAACACCCCCUCGUUGUUGGUCACCAAGUGACCCUCUGAUGGACAGUAUGAGUUCAGAACACAUGAUAAACCCACUCAGUGACCCAUGUCUUAGUUCUGCUUUUCACAAGCCGCACACAGUGUCUUCAACCAAAGGAGCACAAAAGAAACGUCAAACUGCCAAAGCGAAGAAAUCCAUAGACACUAAAAGGAAAGUAGGCAGGUCUGUUAUUAAGUCUCGGGAGGAAGAGAAUCCCAAGAAAGAGAAAUUAAGACAAAAGAGUGGUGCUGCCCAAAAACAGCAGAAAAAGGCUAAAGAUGGAGCUGAAGGCACCAUCAGCAGUUCUACAACCACCGUAAGACCUCGAAAGUCUCGCAAAAAAAAGACUGAGGAACCCAAAAGCCAUGACUCAAGUAAAGACAUCUCCCAGCUCCUUUUCCCAGAGGAUGAGUUACCUCCUUCCCAGAGUUUCUCUCAAUACGUCCCUCCAUUUCAGCAGCCAGCGAGCACAGAUGGCAACACCAAUGGCAGUUCCCAACCCGCAUCAAUAUUAGCCUCUAACUCAGUAGACCAGUCUAUAGAACCAAAGGUUGAGGACUGUGAGACUUCCAUCAUGGAAGUCAACCAAAGCUUUUCGUCACCGGUUCAGCUGAAGCAACAAGGUUGCCAGACCACUGUAGUAAAGGCAGAGGCUUCACAAGAGGAGUGCACAGCUCCUCCACCUCCUUUGGCUGGUAGACCCUUACUGAAAAACAGUAAAGAUUCCCAAUUAGCAGCAGCCUUCCCACACUCAGGCCCUAAAAACGGGGACAUCACCACUCUCCAUGAGACCCCCUCUGGCUUGACUGUCCUCAAGCAGCUUCUCCAGAAAAGGCAGCUGGGACAGGCUCUUCCUCUACAAGUGGUUGGUACAGACAGCCACUUCACUGCCAUAGCUCAGGCCACAGUGCUACUUGAUCCCACAACUAAGCCAGCUAAUCCCAAGAGAGCUCCCUCCACCGCUCCUCGAAAACCCAGGGCCCCAAAAUCUACUCCCAAGGACAAAAAGCCCAGAAUCAAGAAAGGCAAGGCAAGCAGCACUCAGCCAAAUCUAUCAGAGAAGCAGGAGGGCAAAAUGGCGGAUGAUUGCCCCCUCUUCCUGUCAGAUCCAGGCCUUGAUAGCUGCAACUUCAUAGAGGACAGCUUGUCACCAGAGCUCCCACACAACUAUACCUUUGAUAUAAAUGCCAUUGAUCAGACGGAGUUCUCCAGCCCAUACAGUGGCAGUCAGUUUGUCCUGACUGAUAAAAAUUUACCAGUUAAGUUCCUGAGUGAUGUCAGCCAGGAAGCUGUAUCCGCUCCAGCACUGGGCUUUCAGAAGAAACGUGAUAGGCGGUUGGAUUCUGGGGAGGAGUUUCAAAGAGGCUCUGACUGGCACAAAGCAGGGCCCAUCAGCCCUGACCUCUUUGACAAACCCAAGAACGGGGAGUCUGACUCAAAUCACCUCGCCUUCCUUGACUCAGAGAAAAUCCAAAGCAGAGAGUGGGACUUCUCUUUAGGUAAAGCCCAUACACUGAGCCCCUUUCAAGACUUCCACUGUGAGAGAAAAGAGCUGCUCUUUUCCGUCUUUGAUCCUGUCCUGCCUUUGCCUUUAAGCUCUGCGUCAUUUGUUGAGCAUGAGGGCUCACCAACAGGAGAGCUUCUGGAGGGCAUUGAUGGACUAUCGUCCAGUAGCUCUCCGCGCUCCAUCAGCUCACUGUCCCAGGUGCGGGCGAGCCAGCUGCUGCGGGCAGCAGGAGGCGGAGCCCACAUCCUCAAGCCCCUCAUGUCUCCUCCAAGCCGGGAGGAGAUCCUCAGCACUCUGCUGGACCUGGAGAUGUCGGAGGCCACCUUCCAGGAGCCCUUCUGCAGCAACCCCUCUGAUGUGCCAGGGAAACCAAUGGAGGUCGGCGGCCGAAAGUUAACAGUGCGCACUAGGUUGGCUAAGGAGCUUGCGGAGUUCAGUGGAGACCUGUCUUUGGAGGGUCUCCAUUUUUGGAAAACAGCCUUCUCAGCCAUGACACACCCUGCCAUCACUAUUACCUCAUGUUCCCAAGUCCAGGGAGCUGAAGCCUCAGAAGCAAGUAAGGAGCACCAGUCCUCAGCCGGUGACAAGAAGGUCAUCCUUCUGCCCUGUAAAAACCCACCAGGCAGAGAGCGUGUGCAGCUGUGGCUGGAAGCCAGGAAACAGUACGAUAGUUUACAAAAAGGGCUGAGAAGCAGGAAGAGCCCACAAAGAACUGAGCAGCCAGCUGCUUCCAGCUGUCCAGAAGUAAAGGUUGAGCUGGCGAAAAGACUCUCCAGCAUCAGGACCCAAAGGAGAAAGAAAUGCAACCUGUCCCUAAUAAUAUCUCCCAUGAGGAAUACAGGCUCUCAUUGUAAAUCCACAGAGGUGAGUCCAGUUUCAGAUGAAGGCGGUCUGGAUUUUGAGCAGGAGGGUGGAGAAAAACAUUAUGAUGACGAUACCACCUCUCCAGAGUCCCCGGAGCUGCCUACCUGGCAGCAGUCUUGCCAGUCCAGCCCCUUAGGGCCGGACCGGCUCAGUGAAAACAGGCAAAACUCUCCAGAACCACUGUCACCUCGGCUUUCGGACUCCCUGGAGAGACUGGGGGAAGAGGCGGGGACUGGUCCUCUCCACCUUCACAGCACCCCCUUUUUAAGGAGAAGGCGGAGAAGCAAGGAAGAUCCAGAGCCAGUGUGCAGCACGCCCAUAUCUGAGGAGGAUGCCAAUUCUCAGAGACUCCAGCAGAGAAGGAGAAGCCAAGCGGACCCACUGAGAAGAGUGUUACUGACCACACAGAUGAAGAACCAGUUUGCUGCUUUGAAUGUGCCAAAGAAAGAUAACUCUCAGAUUGAAGGGCCCAGCAUAGCCAACUCUUACGGCUUCAAAAUCAGCAUGCAAAACCUGCAGGAUGCCAAAGCUCUGCAUGAGGUCCAGUACCUUACACUGAUGGCCAUGGAGCUCCAUGCAAGAACCCGACGGGACCUAGAGCCUGACCCUGAGUUUGACCCCAUAUGUGCCUUAUUCUACUGCCUCAGUUCUGACGCUCCCCUGCCAGACAUAGAAGGCACCCAGCUGACGGGUGCCAUCGUGGUGGACAAAGACCACCAAAGUUGUGACCCAGCAGGUCACGGAGUAGCCGCGCCCCUGCUGGUCAGGUCGGGCGUCUCUGGGCUGCAGGUGACGUACGCCGCUGAUGAGAAGGUGCUGUUUCAGGAGCUGAUCGCCAUCAUGAGGAGGUUUGACCCAGACAUCCUGGUGGGGUAUGAGGUGCAGAUGCGUUCGUGGGGCUACCUCCUCCAGCGGGCCGCAGUACUGGGAGUGGACCUGUGUCAGCAGCUGUCACGAGUGCCAGGUGACUCCAAAGAGAACCGCUUCGCUGCAGAGAGGGAUGAGUACGGCGCCGACACCAUGACUGAGAUCAACAUCAUCGGACGCAUCACUCUCAACCUGUGGAGGGUGAUGAAAACUGAGGCGGCGUUGAACAACUACACUUUUGAGAACGUGGCCUUCCAUAUCCUCCACCAGCGCUUCCCCCUGUACAGCCCCCGCACACUGUCCGACUGGUUUGACCACAACACCCACCUCUACAGGUGGAAGAUGGUGGACCACUACGUGAGCCGUGUUCGCGGCACCAUGCAGCUUCUUCAGCAGCAUGACAUCAUCGGCAGAACCAGCGAGCUGGCCCGAGUGUUCGGGAUUCAGUUCUUUCACGUUCUGACCCGAGGAUCACAGUACCGUGUAGAGUCCAUGAUGCUACGUGUGGCCAAGCCGUUGAACUACAUCCCUGUGACACCCAGCAUGCAGCAGCGAGCCCAGCAGCGGGCGCCGCAGUGCAUUCCCCUUGUGAUGGAGCCGGAGUCGCGCUUCUACAGCAACUCAGUGGUUGUACUGGACUUCCAGUCGCUCUAUCCCUCCAUCGUCAUCGCGUACAACUACUGCUACUCCACCUGCCUCGGCCACGUGGACAGCCUGGGAACGCCUGAUGAGUUUAAGUUCGGCUGCACCUCCCUGCGGGUUCCUCCGGAGCUCCUCUACCAGCUCCGCAACGACAUCACAGUGUCACCCAACGGCAUAGCCUUCGUCAAGUCUUCAGUGCGUAAAGGCGUCUUGCCCAGCAUGCUGGAGGAAAUCCUGAACACGAGGAUCAUGGUGAAGCAGUCGAUGAAAACGUACAAGCAGGACAAGGCUUUGAUGAGGCUGCUGGACGCCCGGCAGCUCGGGCUCAAGCUCAUUGCCAACGUCACCUUCGGCUACACCGCCGCCAACUACUCUGGCCGCAUGCCCAGCGUGGAGGUUGGGGACAGCAUCGUCCACAAAGCCAGAGAGACCCUGGAGAGAGCCAUCAAGCUGGUCAAUGACACUAAGAAAUGGGGAGCGCGUGUUGUGUACGGAGACACAGACAGCAUGUUUGUUUUGCUGAAGGGAGCCACCAAAGAGCAGGCCUUCAAGAUCGGCAACGAGAUCGCUGAGGCAGUGACUGCAACCAACCCCAAGCCCAUCAAGCUCAAGUUUGAGAAGGUGUACCUGCCCUGCGUGUUACAGACAAAGAAGCGCUACGUUGGGUACAUGUACGAGAGCCUUGACCAAAAGGAGCCCGUGUUUGACGCCAAAGGGAUCGAGACAGUGCGCCGUGACAACUGCCCCGCUGUUUCCAAGAUUCUGCAGCGGUCCAUUAAGCUGCUGUUUGAGACUCGGGACAUCAGCCAGGUGAAGCAGUUUGUGCAGCAUCAGUGCGUGAAGAUUCUGGACGGCCGGGCCAGCAUGCAGGACCUGACCUUUGCCAAAGAGUACCGGGGCAGCACGUCAUACCGGCCCGGAGCCUGCGUGCCUGCCCUGGAGCUCACCAGGCGUAUGAUGGCGCACGAUCGUCGCCUGGAGCCCCGCGUGGGCGAGCGGGUGCCCUAUGUGAUAGUGUACGGGAUGCCUGGCGUGCCCCUCAUCCAGCUGGUGCGUCGGCCCAUGGAGGUGCUGCAGGACCCCGGCCUCCGCAUCAACGCCACCUACUACAUCACCAAGCAGAUCCUGCCGCCGCUGGCCCGCAUGUUCCAGCUGAUCGGAGUGGAUGUGUUCAGCUGGUACCAGGAGCUCCCCAGGAUCCAGAAGGCGUCCUGCUCCUCGGCGGUGGGCGCAGAGGAAGUGGGAAGGAAGGGAACCAUUUCCCAGUACUUCACCACGCUCCACUGCCCAGUGUGUGACGAGCUGACCCAGCUGGGCGUGUGCUCGCAGUGCCGCGCUGAGCCGCAGCGAGUCGCCGUGACACUCAACCAGGACAUGAGACAGUGGGAGAGUCAGCAAGACCAGUUGUUGAAGAUCUGUAGGAACUGUAGCGGCUGUGCAGAGCGCCAGGUAUCUUGCGUGUCACUGGACUGUCCCACCCUCUACAAGCUGUCCCAGGUCAACAGACAGCUCUCCAAGGCCCCCUACCUCCGACAGCUGCUGGAGCAGUUCUGAUUGGCUCCUGAACCCCGGAGCUCCCCGCUGAUUUGGUGCUAAUCGCUGUCCCCCACCCCUCAUCUCAGUGUUAGAUUGUCCACUCAGUUGUAAUAGUAAUAAAAAUGGUGCUUCGAUUGAACCAUGCUGGGUUUUCAUUCUGUCUUGUAACUGUUAUUUGUUAAACAAGUGUUUCUCUGUGCAGACUGUCUGCUUUGAGCCUCCUGUGGGGAGUGUGACCUCACCCCCCACCCAGGGCUCAUGUGUGUGUGUCUUCAUGCUUGUUUGCUGCCAUCUCAAUAAGCUGCUACAGGCUGAGUGAAGCUGAUGUCUUUGGAGACACAGCGGCAGACGGCCUGUCCAAGAACUGAGCGCAGUCCGAUCAAGGAUGACUUGUUGUAUCUUGUACCCGCUGUAGCAGUUUAAAGUCAAAUCUCAAGACAAACCACUAAUUGACUUCUUCAUUUUUAUAUCGACUGCAGUCUUUUUGUAAAAUAGUUCCUGUAUAGCUCCUUGUAUAAUCUCACUGUGCAUUAUCAUUAAAAGAACUACAGCUCCGGCCAUUAAUGCAAUCAAAUCUGUUUAAUGAAGUCUGUUUAAGGAUGCCAUUUUUCUUGAUUGUAUUGAUGUUCAUUAUCUACAGAGUGUGUAAACUGGAAACUAAGUUUUCUAAAAAUCUGGGACUGUUGCAAUACUGUAUUUUGAUAAUUUAUGUCAUGGUCUAUCGUUUCCCAGUGCAUAUAUGGUUUUGUGUGCAAAAAGUCAUCAAACCGCGUCAAGAUCCAAUCUUCAAUCUCCAUACAAUCUCCAUACAGCUGUACACAGAAUCUGUGUAUUUUUAUAAAUGUAAAAAUAAAGGUGUUUUUUUUGUUUGUUUUUAAUGGACAUUGCUGUGGGUGGAGGUUUGAGAUUGAUAUAAUAAAAAGUCAAUGUAUUAAAA